UCCGCCACCCCGGGCGGCUCCGCGCGGCCCCGCGGCGGCCGCCGCUCCUCGCGGCGCCGCUGCCCAUGCGGGCCGGGCAGCAAUAGCCGCGCCGGCUCGGCUCGGCUCGGCUCUGCGGGGCGGGGAGGGGGCACCACUUCUCUGAGUCUCCCCACCACAUCGUUAUGGACCUAUUCGACUUUUUCAGGGACUGGGACUUAGAGCAGCAGUGUCACUAUGAGCAAGACCGGAGUGCACUUAAGCGGAAGGAAUGGGAGAGAAGAAACCAGGAAGUCCAGCAAGAUGAAGAUCUCUUUGCUUCAGGUUUUAACCUCUUCGGGGAACCCUACAAGACAAAUAAAGGCGACGCCCUUGCAAACCGUGUCCAGAACACAUUGGGAAAUUAUGAUGAGAUGAAGGAUCUGUUAACCAACCACUCCAACCAGAGUCACCUUGUAGGAAUCCCAAAGAAUUCUGUCCCACAGACGCCCAUUGACAAAAAUGAACAGAACUUUUUCCCAGAACCAAGGAACAGGAUGAUCCCAUCUCAUCAGAUCAGCGGCAACUCAUCAACAUCAAUGCCUCCACCCUCUUCAUUGUCAUCUAAUUCUACUUUGCUGCACAGCCACCAGAGCAGUAGGAAGUCGAGGACAGACUGGUCACGCAGUGGUCACAACUCCAGUGGGGCUCAGCCGAGUCAAUCCAGUGGUCAGCAGAGUCGGACAAAGCACAGCUCUUCUCAUGACCAGUCACAGGGCAGGUAUGAAGAUCUCUAUAAUUGCCAGAGUGAACAGCAUAAAAGUGGAGGAACUGAGGAGGCAAAUGCUAUGGCAGCAUCUUCACAUUCGAGGAGGCACACUCAUGCAAAGUCAGCACCUGGAGAACACACUUACAAAGAAAACAGUCAUUCAAAGUCACCCACAGAGCUUGAGUUUGUAGGCCAUGGUGCUGGAUCUCCACUUCCUUCCACUUCUUUGUUAACUGCAAACAAUGGUCUCUCAACUCCAAAUUUCCCACCAGGACUUCACUGUAAAAAUAGCAUGGUCCAGCAAAAGCCUACAGCUUAUGUUAGGCCUAUGGAUGGUCAGGACCAGGUACCCAAUGACUCACCUGAACUGAAACCCCCGAUAGAAAUUGAGAGUGGAUAUGGAAAUCAGUCCUUUGGAGCACUUCUGGAAGGAAAAGUGAACACUCCUAGUUCGAAGAACAAAGUACCAAAGCUCAACAUUCCUCCUGUUAGUGAAGUUGCCCUUCCCAAUGACUCCAGCUGUGUGGAAGAAAUACUGCGGGAGAUGACCCAUUCCUGGCCUCCUCCUCUUACUGCUAUUCACACUCCUGGCAAGGCUGAGCAGACCAAGUUUUCUAUCCCAAGCAAGGACUCCCAACAUCUGACCUCAGGAUACAAUGUACAAAAGUGGAGUGAUCCAGCAGGGAAAGUUGCAACUAAGUCAGUACCACAAAAGUCAAUGCUUGAGGAUGAUCUAAAACUCAGCAGUGAUGAAGAUGACAAUGAACAGGCUGCCGAAAAGACAAAAUUGAGAAACAUUCCUGUAAACAGCCUGCCAGUGCCAGUGGCACACGCUGCUGGCUUGACCCAUUCCAGCGGCGGCUCCGACAGCUCCAGCGAGUCCGAGAGCAGCUCCGAGUCCGACUCCGACAGUGAGAGCAGCUCCAGCGACAGCGAGUGCAACGAGGAGUCCCGCAGUGCCACACCAGAGCCUGAACCCCCCUCAACAAACAAAUGGCAGCUGGAUAAAUGGCUAAAUAAGGUGAACCCCCACAACAAGACCAUCAUCAACAAUCAAAAUGAGCCUCACAGUGAGAGCAGCUCCCAGGCCCAGAGCAACCAGCAGGCCGAAGGGGCAAACAAAGGGAAGCUCAACAGUAGCCUGCCCCCAACCGAUUCCAAAGACCGGGCAAUCCUUAGUCCUAUCCGAGAGAAAGCCAAACCACGGGUUGCCCAGAAAACCCCAGAGGCAAAAGUCUCCAAGCAGAAGUCACCAGCUCAUAAUGAGCCAACUUCACAAAGGACUACUGGGAAAAAGCAACCCAAAAAGGUAGAAAGGACUUCCAGUGUAGAAGAGUAUAACUGGCCCAAACCAAAUAAUACCAGCAACACUCCCAAAGAAAAAGAUACACAGGAACCCCCCGAGCAGCCAAAGGUUCGAACUAAAGCAGCAGUUGGGAAGACAGCUCCGAGGAAAGAACCAAGAACUAGCACAGGUCUCACUUCAGAGAAGAAAAAGUACAGAGGCCCCAGCAAAAUUAUCCCGAAGUCCCGGGAGUUCAUUGAAACUGAUUCAUCUACUUCUGACUCAAACACAGACCAGGAGGAGAGCUUGCAGGCAAAGGUGCUGCCAGCCUGCACUGGAUCUGCUGGUGGUGUCAAAGUGAAGGACUCUGGCAGUAACAUCCUCAGCGUAAGUAGCUUAACCAGCAAUAGCAGCAACACGUCCAUUGACCAAACCAGCAAUGACCUGGAGGAGCAGCUCUUUUCUCCUAUCCCAAUCGUACAAAAUGAACUUCUGUCCCCACUGAGAGAAUAUGAAGAACUUAAAUCUUUGUGGGUGAAAAUAGACCUUAGUUUACUCUCUAGGGUACCUGGACAGGAAACCUUUGAGACCACGUCUGUGAAAAGUGAACCAAGAGAGGCAAAUGUGAAACACAGGCGACCAUCUCGAGAGUCUCCUACCCCAGCAGCUGAAAAACCCUCCACAAAAACCAAAAGGAAACACAAGCAGACAGAAAGCCUGGAUACUUUUGUUGAAAGCAAGAAGCAGCGCCUGGAGGACCCUCCAGCUUCCUGUCUGCUCCCACCUUGUAUCUCUCCAAUACCGAACCACAGAAUAACCAGCACUAAAGAGAGCAGCAGUAGCUCAGUGAAGAAGGCAACAAAGAAAAGAGAAGAGAAGCUGUUUCCUCCUCCCUUGUCCCCACUCCUGGAUGACCCCGUGCACCGGAGGCACAGCAGUGACAGCAGCUCCUUCAGCCAGGAGCCCACUGUCACAAACACCUCACAGACCAGCAGCUCUUCCUCCUCUGUUUCUAAACACAGAAAGAAUGAAAAUAAAUCUUCUUCUAACCCCAAAGCAAUCUGUGAGGAAGAAUGUCACAGUACACCCACAGCCAGCACUCUUCUUGACACCAGCCAUCUAGAACCAGACAUCUGGUCUGCAAUGCCAAGGCUUUCCAAUGGGAAUUCUGAGCCCAGAAGACCCAAAAUAACAUUUGAUGAUGUGCUUCACAAUGCAGAUUAUUACAUGCAAGAGGCUAAGAAGCUGAAGCAUAAAGCAGAUGCACUGCUGGAGAAGUUCGGCAAAGCAGUGAAUUAUGCUGAUGCUGCCCUCUCCUUCAUCGAGUGUGGGAAUGCUAUGGAGCGAGAUCCAUUAGAAGCUAAAUCGCCAUACACCAUGUACUCAGAGACUGUGGAACUCAUCAGGUAUGCAAUGAGACUCAAGAAUUUCACAGGCUCUUCUGCCACAGAAGGGGACAAGAAAUUAGCAGUUUUAUGCUACCGAUGCUUAUCACUUCUCUAUUUGAGAAUGUUUAAACUAAAGAAGGACCAUGCUAUGAAGUACUCCAGAUCUCUGAUGGAAUAUUUUAAGGGUUUUACAAGGUGCUACACAGACGUGAAAGCCAGAAUGAGUAAGCAGAACUCUUCUAAAGCCUCACAGGCCCCCUCACCUUGGGGCGGCAAUGGAAAGAGCACAGAAACCCCCUCGCCCAUGUCCCUGAGCCCAUCCCCCAUCAGCUCUGCUGGAAGCAGCACGGGCACCGCCAGCUCAUCCUCGGUGGGGACCAUCACCAUCCCCCAGCGCAUCCACCACAUGGCUGCCAGCCACGUCAACAUCACCAACAAUGUCCUGCGCAGCUACGAGCACUGGGACAUGGCUGACAAGCUGACCAAGGAGAACAAAGAAUUCUUUCUAGACCUGGACUCAGUGAUGGGACCCUUAACACAACACAGCAGUAUGACCAAUCUGGUUCGUUACAUUCGCCAGGGACUCCACUGGCUCCGCAUUGAGGCUCAUUUGUUGUAGUGACUGCUGCCCUGUUCAUGACAUCCCCAUUCUUCUACCUCUACCAGCGCAGAGACGAUCACUGGUGGAACUCCACUCAUUUUUGGAAGUUUAUUCAUGUAACUUCAUUUUUAUUGCCUUUUUUAAUACCCUAUCUAUUGGAAGUAGAAGUCACCAUAAAUGAAAGUUAUGACUCAAGAGCAGUAUGUGUUGUACCAUCGAAUCCUUUUUGACAAUUUUCUAUGCCUUGUGUCUCCUGGAUCCUGCCAUCCUUAUGUGCUUUAUGGAGCGGUACAUUACCUGCAGUAUUGUUUUAAGUCCAUGCUGCCUUCAAGUGAAAACAAGAAAAGCACUUUGAGAAGAUAUGGAUUCCUGAGAAAUAGUACAAAGCAACUUAAAUAUUUGAUGGUAUAUAUGAGAAGUCCCUUCUGAAAUAAAUUGGUAGAAGUUAUAGCUAUUCAUUCAAAAUCAUCUUCUGAACCCGAACCAAGCUUUUUGACGCUAAUUCUGGCAUCAUUACCUGACUCAGUACAUUCCUAAGAUUUCUUACUUCCUAUAGGUUUAAUCUCUAAAAGAAAAUGUUGAAUAUCUUACAGGUACAUAAUGUAAGAUCACCAAAGGUGUUAAGAGGUAAAAGGUUGAAGGAAUGCCUCAUUAAAGAAUGAUGACACACUAUGCAAUGAGGUUUUGAUAUUCCAUUCUUCCUGUUUAUUGUUGGCUUAAUAAUUUCAGUAGGCAGCAGAAUUUAUUGAAAUUUUUAGGCGGUUUCAAAAUGUUAGCUUUCUUAGUCUUAUCUACCAUUCCUGAAUUUUGUUUCUGUUUUACUGUUUAGUCUCAAACAAAUACUUAUCCAAUAUUUCUUAGAACAAUCUCUCCUUGCAUAGUGACUCACUGAAAGCAGAUUUUAACAGGACUGCUGCACUCUAAGCAUUGAUAUUGUAUGUAGAAUGCCAUUAACAAGUGUAUGCAGAUUCUUCAUGAAUUAUCUAGAAGUUUAACUAACUAGCCACUGUUGAAACAUUGUAAUUCCAUUUGGCAUCAAUUUUCACCUGUUUUGUUCAUUUCAGAGCAUUAGAAACAAACAGUAUUAUCUUGCUAUCUUGAAAACAAUGUCAAAUUAAAUAAAAUCACCAGAUUUACCCAAAAGCAAUAUAACAUUUGUUUAAUAAUGGCCAUGAAUACUUCAGUCAGAUUACCUUUUUUCCAAGCUCUGCAUCUGUUUACCCAUGCUAUCAUGUUUUGGACCAUUCCUCUAAUGCGUGAAUAAUAAUGAGACAAUUCAGAUAGAAUUUCAAAGCAAUUGUGAAUAAAUUGCACCAUUUCACAUUUGCUCUUUCGUCUUAUUUUUUUUCCCUGUUAUAAACUGCACCGCUCUUCUGGUGCCACUACAAGGAGCACUGGUGCAUGAAACAAAACAAAAUGAAUUUAUAUCAAUAAUUCACAAAACUUUAAGUGGUCUCAUCUCAUUCUUGAUAUAAUGCCUGCAUACCUUACUGAACUGUAAAUUCCAUUUCUAUAAACAGAAAAUGCUCAUAGCAAUGUAAAUAUUAUUCUGUCUCAUCUCAUUGAAAUAAUACAAUAUGCGUAUUAAAUGCCAUCCAGAUAUUAGUUAAUUGCAAUUACCUUAUGCUUUAUACACCUGUAUAUUUUUUAAUCUGGUGAGUUAUUAGAUUCUACUGACUGGAUUGAGACCAGAUAAAUAGGACAAAUUUGCAUUUAAAAGGUUCAGACUGUUAAGAUUUUUAGAUCGGGCCUUAGAUAUUUGCAAUAAGAGUAGUUUAUGGUCUCUGCCUAGUGCACAUUUAAGACAAACGUUUCUGUAGCUGUUGAAUAUUAGCUCCCUGUAGUGCUACCUUUUCUUAAAAAUCAGUAAUUCCCAACAUUUUGUUCCACAAGACUGGAAGUCUAAACAUAGCCAACGUGCAUCAUGAGAGGAAUCAUCCAGUGUAGGGUUUUCUGCAAAGGACAUUUGCAGAACAUGCACAUCCUGUAUUAUCUGCACAUUCCUGUUCCUGAAGUGGUUGAGUCACCCUUACCUGUUCGCUAAGGGUUUCGGUAACAUGGCUGCAACCUGAAUCUGGCACAUUGGUCACACUGACUCUGGCCCCAGUAGCUAAUUAAUAAAAUUAAUAAAACGGCAGUGAGAACUAUUCAGGAAUGUAGAUGAAUGGUGGUGGUCGGGUUUUUUUAAAGAAAAAGAAAAUGAAACAUUUGAAAUAAUUUUUUUAACAGGUUGAGUACUUGAGUUGAAGUAAGGUUGGGCUAGUUUUGUCAUAAGCCAGAGUUUUCCAUUCUCUUUUCAAGUAACUAUUCAGUCUAAUUAAAUGCAUUGUCAUCACUUGCUCCUUUAAUGUUGAUUGAAAUCCAAGACUUCCGUGCAUUUACAAGGGAUAGCGAUGUCUUGAAAUACAGUCUUUGGACACAGGACUCUUCAGAGUUUGCUGCAGUCACUCAGUGAUCACCAUGUAUUAUCUUUUCCCCAUUGCUUGUGGUAAACAGGCUCCUAUCUCUAAAUUUAUCCCAUGUUCACAAUCUUUUGCUUAAACAGCUUAAGGAAUUAGACCUCCUGAUUUUUGUAUCCUGUGACUUAGGUUGAAAUGUAUGCUGAAUCAAUGGCAUGAUGAUAAGAAGUCCAGCAGUCAAGUCUAGGAUCACAAGCCAACUUACUAUUUAGCAGUCUUGUUUCAAAAGCGGCUUAGAAACAAAUUAAAUAUGGAGAGUAAAUUACUGUCUUAUCUCUGGGGAUGAUGCUUCUUUUGGAUUAGUUGUUAAGGAUUAUUGCACUUUUACAGGCACUAUAUUCAUCUCAUUUCAAUUGCCAACAUGUCAUCUUCAUGGAAUCAUUUUACCCCUUAAAAUAUUACUUCUAGCAGAGCUAAUCAAAUGAGAUUGUUUGUUUGUUUCAAUUCAUGGGAAAGUAGCAUGACUGUGCUUGGGCAUUUGCAAUGUCUACACUUAAAACUGCCCAAUUCAGGCUUUCAAACUCAUGAACCAAGCACCAAAAAUUACAAGAUUGGCUUAAAGUUGUGAUUUGGGGUUUUUUUGGUUUUGGUAUUUGGUUUUGUUUUGUUUUGUUUUAGGGGUUUGUUUUGGUUUGGUUUGGUUUGGGGUUUUUUUAAAUAAACUCUUUGGUUCUUGUAUUGCCUUCUGGAUGCUGAGGUUUGGGACUGAUUUCAUGACACAAGGGCAAGCCAAGGGCAGGAACUGACACAUUUGAUUUGAAUAAUGAUAAACUGGAACAGUGAUGUAAUCUCUUGACUUAUGUAGCUGGAUUUAAGGACAUCAAGUUUCUUAAAACAUUGCCAGAACUGACAAGAUUGUAAUUUGUGACUCAUGCCUGAGGAGGUUUGGAGCAAUAUAGAGAGUUCAGCAGUGAAGGGAACAGGCCUGUAAAGGGCUUAACUCAGGCAUUUGGGGUGCAAGACCCAAGAGCAGCAAAGUCCUAAAUGUUCAAGAGUGGCAUUUACUUAGCACUUAACCUCCACUUCAAGGGCUGCAGCGGGUCUUAAUGUGCAGGCAGAGUAUCCAGCUCCAAGUGCAGUGAUGUGUGUUGGGUGCUUGAGAGCAAGAAAGCCUUUUUGUGAUAGUGUUGCUUAAUCUCACUUUUUCUUACAUUUUCUUUGGAUGUUCAGUUAUUUAAAUAUUCUCUCUGUGAAUAGAUUACCUCAUUUAUAAAUUAUCUCCAUAUAUAUUAUAUAUAUAUAUAUUAUCUGUUGAUAGUUAUGUAGGGAUUUUUAAAAAGUAGUAUUUGAUAUCUUCAUUCCUCCUAAAGAAACAAAAUAAGCCAAUUGAAUCUGGAAUUUAAUUUCCGUUUUUUUUAAAUUUCACAAAUUUUAUUAUUUUAUACUAUUAUGGCAGUUUAGAUUCACUGAUGUUUUUAGAUACUUCAGAAUAAACUUUCGGUGAGGUUUUUAUCAGCAUUUAAUGCUGUCUAAAUAAAAUUACUCCUUUUGUGGGUGUAAAUUAACAGAUAACAAAAAUGGGGCUGGUAAGGAUUGUGACUUAAGUAUUAUCAUAUUUCAUUACUUGAAGUUCAGGAGAAACUCCAUGCAGCACUGAAUCAAGCCCAUGAGUGUGUGUACACAUCUGUGUGGACUUGAAUGUGGAUUUGCAGCAGAGAGUCCCUGCUCAUUUCUUCAUAGCACAGGAGAAAAGAUAUGGGAGCUGUAAAGAGAAAACAUUCCUACCACUGCUCAUUGUAGUGGCAUUUAUUCAAGUGUUCCUCUAUAGUUUGUGCAUAGUCCUGUUUGCAUCUACUGCCUCUUGCAGACAAUGAAGGUGUGCAGAAAGUAGCAACAACUCUGUCAUUUUAGUCCUGUGGUCCCUAAAGUCAGUGUAAGAACUGAGUGUGCUGUGUCAAUGUGCUGUUUUUUCAGGUUAACUCAUUUGCCAUAGACCAGUGUCUUGCAGUUUUAAGAAAGACAAAAUAUCUAACAAGUCACCAAAGAAAAUUAAGUUGUCAUUCUGAAGCAAGUGUAGAAGUGUCCCAGCUGUAGGCAGGCUGCGGAUCAGUGGGUCUUUGCAAAGGGCCUUCUCUCUCAGCAUCUCCCUGACCUCACCUGAACGCACUGAGAGUGAGGCAAAGGGGAUUAAGAUGGGAAACUAAGCUAUGGUCCUUAUGACAUCUUCCAGCUUUACUUUACAUGCUACUUUAUAACUACAAAUAAAACAAGUCAGUGUUGGGAGAGCUCAAUUCCUCAGUUUCCAAUAAUCCUCUCAAACUUCCAUGAUAUAACCAGAGCACACCAAUGCAUAUAGACAUUCUCUGUUGUCCAAUGAGAUAUGUCUAGGGACAUCUUUUGGUUGUAUGACUUGAUAUUUAGCCUAAAUGUAUAGGCUAAAAGCUAUUAUGGUCUCCUUCAUUACUGAAAUCUCUCUGCAACCUUCCUGCCUGACUUAGAGAGUAGUCAUCUUCUCCUCAGUACCCUUGUCAGACCUGCCUCUCUGAUGGACUUGGUAGCUUUCCUUAAGCCAUUUUGUUUCAGUGACGUUUUGUCUUCCAAGAUCAGUGAUUCUGAUCAUCUCACACCAGUUUAAACCUCUUGUGGUGGCUGAUGAAGUUGGGAUAAUUCUGUUCAGAUCUUGUGUUCAACUCAGGGGAGGAUGUGGCUCUAUAGAGAGAUGAGAGCAAAUUCAGGUGCAGAUGAGUUGCUACAUAAAACUGGUGUCAGAUGAGAAUCAAACCUGGCCUCAUCAGGAGGCACUGCAGCAGAAAUACUGUGAUGAAAAGCUUUUCCCAGAACCACAGGGUGUGUAUUGACAUGUCAGGCAGCUCACUGGCACUGUAAUCAUAUUAGGCAAUGGUAAAGAUGUCAAGAGUGAUUUAAAGAAAGUGGGGCAAGCUGCUGUGUCUGACAUUUUGAAUUUAGGCUGAGUGUGCUUCUUGGGAAAGGGGACUUACUACUGUUGAUGUGUCCUACAAAAUAAUACCUAUACCAUGGUGUCCUGUGAAAUCAGAAUACAGCACCACCAUGUCCAAUUCUUCAAUGCACCUCAGAGUGCUACCUCAUGUCACAGAGAGGUAAUUCUUGUCACUACCCUGAAGUCACCAUCCAGUUAUAACAUUAUUUUUACUUUAUUUUUACAACAGAAGCAAGGACCAAGCCCAAAGGCCCAUUGGCCACAUUAGGCAUCAUUGUGUGACCUGAUGUUGCCUCCCACAGGCUGUGGAGCCUCACAGAGAACUCCUGAGCCCUCAGCCUGCUCCAAAACCCAUGUUGGACUGCUACAGGACUGUGUGAUGUGAAUCCCCACAUAGCCCUGUCCUCUGUACUGGGGGACCAGUGCUGUGCUCAAGAGGACUGAAGGGCCCCAGCCCCACUGCCUAGGUGAGCAUAGCUGUGGCUCUGCAUUUCUUUCAGGCCUUGGUCCUCUGCAGCUGCAGAUGGGAUUUGAGCACUCAGUUGUACUUACACUGCAUCUGGAAAUGCCAGUCAACAGAAGCCAUGGACACGGCAACAGCAUAGAACUUAGUCAAUACCCACUGUACACAGAAUUGGAAUUUAAAUUGUGGCAUUCAAAGGACCACUUAUGCUUGCAGAACUCCAACUAAGACCCAUCUUUGCCAGUGUAAAAAGUCAUGUGAGUGGACAAUGCAGCUGAUUGAGACUUGUUUUCUUCUUUGAUUUUAACUGAGUUCCUCUAUCUGCCAGUUCCAUAAACUCUCUGAGCUAGAUGUAAGUUUACUCACAGCUAUGUGAGUGUCACCUUGUUGUAAUACCAUUGAAAGACUUGUCAAGUACAAAUAGCCCUAAUUUCCACUCAGUUAUUUUCUUCUCAGAAUUCAAAGGAAAGUCAGAUUCUGAGGUGAAUUGAAUUGUUUUAUUGAACAACAGUAACUACAAUGAACCAAAAUUUGAGCUAAGCAAACGUAACUUGGCUCAACUUGCAGAAUUCAUGGCACCAAAUUCUGCUGUUAUGUUGCAUUAGUGUGUCUUACGGAGCUUGCUGAGUACUGUUUAUCAAAGGAGAUAACAAAAAUGUCAUAGCCUUACUGGAGUUAUGUUUAUUAGGCUAGAACUUGAGUUGCAUUAAGCCAAUUAAUUGAAUGGAAUUCCAUCCAUUUUUGUUCUGGCUGGGCACUCAUCUCACUGAAAGUAGUUCAAGGUCUCUGGACUAGAGCUGGAAGAGCUGAAAGCAGAUUUGCCCUUCGACCAGACCAUGUGUUGACUCAGCCCUUGCUCAGGGAAACCACCUUUUACUUCAGUGACAAGUAACAAUGUUAUGGACAUAGAGAAGCUUUGACCCACUGGCAGGAGAUAUUUACCCUUGAAUUUGAAUAGUGGAUAGCAACAUAAAUGUUUUAUUUAUAGCAGAGGUAGAGUACAAGUUCCUCAGCUCAUGUAAACUGGUAUAGAGUACUGAUUUCAGUGAAGUUAAUCCAAUAUGCACACACCAAGGAGCAAACCCUCUAACCCUAGACUAAUUUUUGCCAGUGUAUCUCUAUGCAGAUAAACUCUCAAAACUUUUAUCAUCAUGCCUUUUUACUGAUCAUGCCAUUGAAAUGAUUAAUAUACCAUAAUCCUUGCCUGUGAGGAAAUACUAUACCUGCAAAACUAUACAAUGUAAAGCACAUCAUAAAACUGCUUUAGACCACAGUCUGGAGACACGUUAUCAGAAACAAGACGAACAGAGCAUCUUUUGAUCUGAUGUUGAUUACACCUCACUCUGCACUUCCAAAGCUGAGGUUUUCAUACAGACUGAGUGAUGGCUGAGUGAAAGCUUCAGCUGAUGUGCCUCUAAGUAGCUCUGUGGAUGUCAGUGCUGAUUUACACCAGCUGAGAAACCAGUCCUCUCCCUUUUCAUAUUGUUCUGUAUGCCCUAAUGCAGCUUUAUAGAUGCACACGGAGGCUGAGCGUAUAUUGAACUAUUCUGAUUCAGCAUCAGAUAAGCUCUGCUAAAAAACUGGAGGGUAAUUUCUGCCUGCCAUCUAGGUUUGCACAUAUAUGUUUUGGGUUUAACUAAAGGCAUGUUGCACUUUCAUUACCUCUCAGUUUAAAUAUUUACUGGCAUCAGCAUUAGCUUGCAUAGAAAAAUGGCAAAUAAAUUCAAACAUAUCAUAAAUGCUCUCAGUCUAGAGAUGGAAUCUGUUACUUUGGUCCAAAGACAUUGCAGCAGGCUAAAGUGGUUUUUCUAAGCCAAAUGGGUUCUGUACAUUUAGAAGUGAUGGCAAAUAUUUAUCUUGGCCCAAUUCUGUUCUUCCCCUGAGCAUCCUGGUCGGCAGGUUGCUCCACUGAAGUCCACAGAAGUAACUGUGUGAAUUGGUGCUCAGUACACAGAUUGCAGGAGCAGGCACUGAAUAUGUUAGGUUGCUGCAAUCGGGUUUAAUUUUAGCCAUAUGUGUCAUUUGAGGACAUUUAAAAAUUAUGUACAUUUUAUCCAAACUGACAGUCCUUGUAUUUCCAUAACAUAUUGUAUAAUUUAUUCCUGUCUGUAUUUUUGCCAUCUCUGGAUUGCAUAUCUUCUGAAUCUUAAAUGCUGGGGUUUUUUUAAAUCCACAUUCAAAAGGUCUAGGACAUACCAUCACAGAAUAUGAAAACAAGUCAAAGAUCUGGUGAUGUUUUGCUUUGGUUUUGAGCUCUCCUUCUGUUUGUGUUUUGGCUUGUCUAUGGUACUCCCAGAAUUUUUGUAAUGGCUCAACUCAAUGAAAGUUCCUUCCUGUCUUUUUUGGGGAAGGGGGGCGGGGGGGGGUGGGGAGGGGAACAAAAAAAAAAAAAAAAAAAAAAAAGCAAAAAAAAAGCAAAAUACAACUAAGGCUCAGGAAAAGCAAUCCUGGCACACUUGGUGGGUGUGUUUGCUCUUCCUAGCUGUCCUGAUUUUUUAACCCCACCAUGUUGGGAGUAGUCUAGUCUAUGGGUUUUUUCACCCACCAUUUCUGGCUGUUGUGGCAAAUACUAUUUUUUUUUUCUUUUGUGUGUGUGCGUGCGCAUGUAUAAUUAACCAAAAUAUCAGGAAAAUUUAUAUAUGCUUUCUUCUUGUUCCUGGAAAUAGAGCAACAUUAUGACCUUAUGGUCUUCCAGCAAAAUUUAGAUUUAAUUUCUGCAUUGCAGUGCAACUUAAUUAGCUAUUGGAAUUAGAUUAUGGUUUACUAAAUGGCCUUUUACCUUAUGUUCUUAUGUUCUUACUUUUUAUUUACUAUUGAAGUACUCUUUUUUUUUUCUCAUGUGUGCAAGUAUCAUAUCAAUAAUCAUUGCAAUUCCACAAAGUGUCUUUGUUUUGAACAAGCAUGUUAUUCUUGUAAAGUUUUAAGUAUAAGUUACAAUGUUUUGUACAGACCAAGGUAACUGUUAAAAUGUCAAGCAAUUACUGAAAUGUUGUAUAGUUAUAAAAGUUUGAUUUCUUUUGCUUUAUAUGUAUAAAAUUGUAUCUUGCCUGUUUUGCUUUGUAUUUCCAACGUGUUGCACAAUUAUGCAUUUUGUUUACAUUUGUUCCUUCUUCAGAAAAAAAAAAAAAAAAAAAGAAAUAACAGUAAUACUUUAUGUACAAACAUUUUAAAUGUACUUUUGUUGUUUUUAAACACAAUGUCUCUGUACAAAUAAUAUUGGUUGAACUGGUACAUUCGUGUCUCUCAUAGAGGGAUUAAUUAUACUGCCAGUGCAUUGAAUUAUUUAAAAAAAAAAAGUAAAAUAAAAUUUUUAUGAAAAUGUAA